AUGUCGGAUAAUGUAGCAUUCACUCAGCAGGCUUGGCUAAACACUACAAGUACUGUGAUUGAACUAAAAAAAAAGGCCAUUGAUCCUGAAUACAGCCUACUGUGUGCAAUGAAGCAGGAGGACAGAGAGCAAAUCACUUACACUAACCUUAGAGGUCAGAGAAGGUUUCCUGGAGGAGAUGACACCCUACCACAGGUCUUGAAGGAUGAAUCAGAAUCCGUGUGCCAGAGUGAUGUGCGAACUGAACAGCUGGAUUCCCUUGCGGUGGCAGACGCUGCUCCUCACACGCUGUCUGUUUUCCUCUCCAGAGACCUCAGCAUGAACAACAUCAGUCAGCUACCCCCGAGUCCUCUGCACAGUCUCCGCUUCCUAGAGGAGCUACGUCUUGCCGGAAACGCUUUGACAUACAUUCCCAAGGGAGCCUUUGCUGGCCUCUACAGUCUUAAAGUUCUUAUGCUGCAGAAUAACCAUCUAAGGCAGGUACCCACAGAAGCGCUGCAGAAUUUGCGGAGCCUUCAAUCUCUGCGGCUGGAUGCCAACCACAUCAGCUACGUUCCCCCCAGCUGUUUCAGUGGCUUGCAUUCGCUGAGGCACCUGUGGCUGGAUGACAACGCUCUGACGGAAAUCCCUGUCCAGGCUUUCAGAAGUUUAUCAGCACUGCAGGCCAUGACCUUGGCCCUGAACAAAAUACACCACAUACCAGACUAUGCCUUUGGAAACCUCUCCAGCUUGGUAGUUCUGCAUCUCCAUAACAAUAGAAUCCACUCUCUGGGAAAGAAAUGCUUUGAUGGGCUCCACAGCCUAGAGACUUUAGAUUUAAAUUAUAAUAACCUUGAUGAAUUCCCCACUGCAAUCAGGACACUCUCCAACCUUAAAGAACUAGGAUUUCACAGCAACAAUAUCAAGUCAAUCCCUGAGAAAGCAUUUGUAGGCAACCCUUCUCUUAUUACAAUACAUUUCUACGAUAACCCGAUCCAGCUUGUUGGAAGAUCCGCUUUUCAGCAUUUACCUGAACUAAGAACACUGACUUUGAACGGUGCCUCGCAAAUCACUGAGUUUCCUGAUUUGAGUGGAACCGGGAGCCUGGAGAGCCUGACUUUAACUGGAGCACAGAUCUCAUCUCUUCCUCAAACCGUGUGUGAUCAGUUACCUAAUCUCCAAAUGCUAGAUCUAUCUUACAACCUGUUGGAGGAUUUACCCAGUUUUUCAGUCUGCCAAAAGCUUCAGAAAAUAGACCUGCGACAUAACGAAAUCUAUGAAAUUAAGGUUGACACUUUCCAGCAGUUGCUUAGCCUCCGAUCUCUGAACUUAGCUUGGAACAAAAUUGCCAUUAUUCACCCCAGUGCAUUUUCUACUUUGCCAUCUCUAAGAAAGCUGGACCUAUCGUCCAACCGCCUGUCGUCUUUUCCUGUAACUGGGUUACAUGGUUUAACUCACUUAAAAUUAACAGGAAAUCAUGCCUUACAGAGCUUGAUAUCAUCUGAAAACUUUCCAGAACUCAAGGUUAUAGAAAUGCCUUAUGCUUACCAGUGCUGUGCAUUUGGAGUGUGUGAAAAUGUUUAUAAAAUUUCUAAUCAAUGGAAUAAAGGUGACAACAGCAGUACAGAUGAUCUUCAUAAGAAAGAUGCUGGAAUGUUUCAAGUUCAAGAUGAGCGUGAUCUUGAAGAUUUGCUGCUUGACUUUGAGGAAGACCUGAAAGCCCUCCAUUCGGUGCAAUGCUCACCUUCCCCAGGCCCCUUCAAACUCUGUGAGUACCUGUUCGGGAGCUGGCUGAUCAGAAUUGGAGUGUGGACCAUUGCGGUGCUGGCCCUCACUUGCAACGCCUUGGUGACGUCCACGGUGUUCCGAGCCCCUCUGUACAUUUCCUCCAUAAAACUGCUCAUCGGGUUGAUAGCGGCGGUGAACAUGCUCAUGGGCGUCGCCAGCGCCGUGCUGGCCGGCGUGGACGCGGUCACCUUCGGCAGCAAAGCUUUUUCCAGCCUGAAAGCCAUCAUCCUGCUGUGCGCGGUGCUGGCGCUGACCAUCGCCACGGUGCCCCUGCUGGGCGGCAGCGAGUACAGCGCCUCCCCGCUCUGCCUGCCGCUGCCCUUCGGGGAGCCCAGCACCACGGGCUACAUGGUCGCGCUGGUCCUGCUCAACUCCCUUUGCUUCCUCGUGAUGACCAUCGCCUACACCAAGCUCUACUGCAACCUGGAGAAGGGAGACCUGGAGAACAUCUGGGACUGCUCGAUGGUGAAGCACAUCGCCCUGCUGCUCUUCACCAACUGCAUCCUUUACUGCCCCGUGGCCUUCCUGUCCUUUUCCUCGCUGCUUAACCUCACCUUCAUCGGCCCCGAGGUCAUCAAGUUCAUCCUCCUGGUGAUUGGCCCGCUCCCUGCCUGCCUCAACCCCCUUCUCUACAUCCUCUUCAAUCCCCAUUUUAAGGAGGAUCUGGGGAGCCUGGGGAAGCAAGCCCACUUCUGGGCGAGGUCCAAGCACUCGAGCCUGAUGUCCAUCAACUCCGACGAUGUUGAGAAACAGUCCUGCGACUCGACCCAAGCCUUGGUGACGUUCACCAGCGCCAGCAUCGCCUACGACCUGCCUUCCAACGCGGGGUCGCCAUCCACUUACCCAAAGACGGAAAGCUGUCAUCUGUCAUCUGUGGCAUUUGUCCCAUGUCUCUAAUGAAAUGGGAGAGAAAAAGUUUCCAAAAAUUGAAAACCCCAAAAUGUGAGGUCGGGUAUAUCUGAGCAGUAACUAAACAGAGUUGAAACUUGUUUUAAAAAAAAAAAAAUCUGUAUCUCAGUGGAAAAAAAGGUGGAAAUCUAUUGAGACUGGAGUGAAAAAUAAGUCUAAAUGCUGCUUGUAUAAUUUGUUCAGCAAAGAGAUAGGUCAGUCACACUAUUUAGGGAAGCCCAUAUUUUUUUUAAGCAGAUGGAAAUAUUCAAAAGAGAUUCUCCAUUAUUCAAUUGAAUUCUUUUUAAAAUCACUACUCUAAGGAGUGCGGGGGAGACCCUUACUCACAAAAAAAGGUUUUCAACCCCCCAACUCCUCAAAAGAUGAAAAGAUGGUUGGGGAGUAUUAGGAAAAUAAGGGUUUUAAGUGGCCUAUGGUACCAAGUAAAGUUGUAACCAACAGGAUUUCAUUUUAAUGACCACGUGGAGAUGUUUUAGUCCUCCUUUGCCUUUCCUCAAAAAGGAUCCUUCCAUGUCACCCAUUUCCCCUCAACCCAGUGAAUGGAUAAAAUAAGGCAUUAUUAAUUUGCUCACAUUCACAUCAUUUUUAGACAUGCCGGAUUUUAUUUAUCAGCACUAGAUGGUUCCAUCCUAAGUGGAAUAAAACUGCUUACAAAUAUUUUGAGAGGAAGAUGAACUAAAAUUCUUAAAUUGCCAUGAAGGCAACCCUCUCAGGUGAGGAAUGCCUUGUUGAAUUCAUUUUAACUCCUUGGUGCCCAAAACUCAGAAGAAAAGUCUGUUGCCGGCAAUGGACAUACCUAGUGAAUGUGGUAAGCAGCCUGGGAUUUCUUUUUUCUUUCUCCUGGGCGAGCAUUUUUCGAAAGAGGUUUUAUCAGUUGACUCAAACUGAUGUGUAUCUUAAGGUAAUGAUCAAAUGCAGACAUGACAUAAAUUAAAUCCACCAACAUAACUUCUCACACAUGCAUCUCCAGUAGCUCUAGCAACAAUGUCUGAAAUCACUUUGGACUCAACAGAGACUUGGUAACAUAUUAUCCUGUUUAUUUAGCUUGGUUUUAGCUGUGUUGUCUUUGGAUCAACUCAUUUGAUGUCAGGAACAUGAUUUCUCUGCUUAUUCCAUAUUUAAUACAUGUGUUAGGUAUUUUAAGAGGCAAGAUUAUUAAAUACUAAAGGUCAAAGGAUUAAUUUGUAACUUUAUUAUACUACAUUAGCUUCAAUACAUUCAAACCAAAAGACUGUUAGGUAGAUUUAUUUUUAUAUAAGCAUGUUUAUUUUGAUCAGAUGUUUUAACUUGGAAGUGAAAGAAAUACAUUUAUGAGAUGUUUUAUAAUAUGUGUAAAUAUAGAACUGUAUUUAUUACUACGGUAAAGAUUCAGUAAUACAAAGGACCAUGAUAAUAAACCAUGUACAGUGGCAUAUUCUUCCAUAUAUAUUGUUUCUCUGCCCAUUUUCUUUAAAUUCAUUAACUGUAUAUAAUAUAUGUAAGUGUAUAGUACUUGUAAAUAGAUUCCAAACUUGCUUUUCUAUUGGGUACAAAAUAAAUUUGUAAUAAAAUGUGUGACUAUAAAAGAAAAUAUCUUUAAAUCUUUUAUUGAGCCCAUUAGGCAAAUAUAUGGUCUCCUAAAUGUUUUUGACUUUUGAUGUGUAAGUACACUUUCUGUCUAAGUAUUUACACCUCAAUAUGUUAGAUAUUUUGGACUUAUCUUAAGAAGUAAAUCUUUCACAAGAACGAAAAAAAAUGUCUUAACCAAAUCCUGGACUGUUUUAACUGUGAUUGAUAAGCCAUUUGUCAUGACAAAUGACUCGGUGAAGCUGAUUGUCCCAGGGGUAGUUUGGAUUUCAUAGCCAGAACCUAUUUCUUGUGCAAUGUGAAAAGAAAAAAAUAGAAAUAUAUAAAUACCAAAUCAACCUUAAAAUUAUUUAAUAUGA